AUGGCUGCAACUUCAACAGCAUCACAUCUUCUCUUUUCAAGUUCCCAAUCCAUUCUCUCUCGUUUCUCCCCCUUCCAACUACGCGGGUUGGACGCCAAGACUCUCAACGGUGGCGUCAGAAGGAGGACAAAGCUGGCAGGUGGUGGCGCGGGAAUACGAUGCGUGGCGGUGACGACAAAUACAGAGACAAAGAAGAGAGUGAUUGCUUCUCUAGUUCAAAGGGCUAGCAUUUCUAACCUCACUGAAGUUCUGGGUGCUGUUAAUGUCCAAGGAGAGGAUCAGAAAAAGCAUGAUGUAUUCUCCAACGAGGUGUUCUCUAAUUGCUUGAGGUCAAGUGGAAGGACAGGAAUUAUUGCAUCCGAGGAAGAAGAUGUACCAGUGGCUGUGGAAGAGAGUUACUCUGGCAACUACAUUGUUGUUUUCGACCCUCUUGAUGGAUCAUCCAACAUUGAUGCAACUGUGCCCACAGGUUCAUUUUUUGGAAUUUACAGUCCAAAUGAUGAGUGCCUAGCAGAUAUUGGAGAUGAUGCCACGGUCAUCGAUGUACUCGAGCUCUGUGAUUUCGUGAUCACCUUAGGAAAAGGUGUUUUUGCAUUCACAUUGGACCCCAUGUUUGGGGAAUUUGUGCUUACUCAAGAAAACAUUCAGAUACCAAAGGCUGGAAAGAUUUAUGCUUUUAACGAAGGCAACUACCAGUUGUGGGAUGAUAAAUUGAAGAAGUACAUUGAUGUUCUUAAGGAUCCUGGUCCAAGUGGCAAACCUUAUUCUGCUAGAUAUAUUGGUAGUUUGGUUGGUGAUUUUCAUAGGACUUUGUUAUAUUGUGGGAUUUAUGGGUAUCCCAGGGACAAAAAGAGCAAAAAUGGGAAGCUUAGACUCCUGUAUGAACGUGCACCAAUGAGCUUCAUUGUUGAACAAGCCGGUGGCAAAGGAUCAGACGGGCAACACAGAGUCCUUGAUAUUCUACCAACUGAGGCGUGUCAAAUGAUACUAGGAAAUUUGAUCUCUAUUGCAUAUUGUUUACAUUAUAUUCCUCAGGUUUCAUCUUUCAGUUUCGAUUUUUUUUCUUGCAUUUUCGUGCAGAUACAUCAGCGAGUGCCCUUGUACAUUGGAAGUACUGAAGAGGUGGAGAAAUAUUUGGCUUAA